UAAAAAUGUAUAAGAAUUUAACAUCAUUGAUCUAAAAACCACUGUCAUUUCUUUUUAAUAGAACAAUCAGAUCAUUAGUAUAUUCAGGUAUGUUAUGGAAAUACUUAUUAAAUUAGAUUAAAAAACCAAAAGAAAAAGUAAGAAGUAAUCUGGUCUUUCGGCUCUUGAUGAAUUAUUAUUUAGGUACACCAAACCUGAUUAAUAAUUUCUUGAUGCGAAAUAUGGCUUCAAUGCUUAAUUUGUAGUUUAUGAAACCAAUUCUAAUUAUUGUGAUCUCUCUAAAUCUUAUUCUGGUGAGAAUAAUGAAAGAUAUCAAAAUAAUUAUAGGAGCAUAGUUUUGCCGUUGAUUAUGAUGUAUGGAUGCCAUCUCUAUAUGAAUGAUGAAACCAAGUGCUUCUUUGGAUCUUCAUCUUUAAAAAAAAAUCAAUUGGAAUAAAGAGUUGUACUGCUCUAGUAUGCAGCAAACAACCCAAUUGAAGAUAGAUACAAGGUAAGUCAACUGAAGAAUAUCAAUGGUUACGUAGUCAGUGUUUUUGAUGGACAUGGAGGUUGGUAAUUAGCAGAACUUGCUAUGAAUAUAUUGCAUGAGAAAAUCGAUCAAUAUGUUCUGAGAAAUCAAGACAAAAUAUUGAAUCAAGAUGAUCUCAUCUAAUAAAGUAUAUCGCAGGCCUAUUCCGAUGUGGAAGAAGAAUUUUAUAAAGUGGCAUUACAAGCCUAUAAUAUGGGAUUCCCAUCAGUUGCAAGAGUGGGAAGUUGUGCCCUCACUGCAAUUGUUGUUGGAAACAAGGUCUACAGUGCAAAUCUAGGAGAUAGCAAAGGAAUUAUUGUAAAUGUCAAUAAUAAAAGUAAAUUAAUUCUUCACUUUUUAUAGCCAACGAAAAAUCCUAUAAGAAAAUUAAUCAUACUUUAAAUGCCAACUCAAAGAAAGAACAAAGAAGAUUGAAAUCCGUCUUUUCCGACGAUGACAUCGUUGUUUGCAAAAGCGGAAAUAAGAGUUGCUAUGUCAAAGGGAGACUCUAACCCACUAGAUCCUUGGGGGACUUUAGGUUAAAAUUCCAAGAGUUCAACAACCCCAAAAAUGUAUCAGAGGACAAAGGAUAUUUGAAAUCCAUUUCCAAUUUCAAAGGGCCAUACAUCAGUGUAUUAUUAUUUAGUCUAUUUACAUAGUCUACACCAGAUCAACAGGUAUUUGAAAUAUAAAAAGGAGAUAGAUAUCUAGUUUUAGGCUCUGAUGGAUUGUGGGAUGAAUUAACCAAGUCAGAAAUAUCAAAAGUAAUUAUUUUGAAUUAUAGAUUAGAUUGUCCAAAAAAAUUAACAUAACAAAGACGAAAUCAUUAAACAAAUUUUUGAAGAGUCCCUGUCUCAUGCAGCCAAGUCCAAUAAAAUGUCUGAUGAAGAUAUUAGGAAGAUUCCCUUGGGCAAAAGAAGAAAGUUGCAUGAUGAUAUCACUGUCAUUGUAGUUGAUCUAUAAGGUUAAGUUUGA